AUGUCAGUAUUAACCACAUCUUUCCAAGGUAAUUCUUUAGAAUUACAAUUGAUGAUUCAUUGGUUGAAGACACAAAGAGAAAAUAUGGCCAAAUCAAUUGAAGAUGAAAAAUUUCAAACUUUAAGUGAAUAUGAUAGAGUUAAGUUUCUCAUUAACAAAAGACUCGAGUUAAAUGUUCCAAUUAUGAAUAAAUUAUCUGAAGGGAUUUCUCAUUUGAUGGUUCCAUACAAUUUAAGUCAUUCAUUAACCGAAUUACAUAAUCUUGGGGAUGAUAUAGCAUUCUAUAGUGGUGAUGAAUCUAAUGAUUUUGCAUGGUAUUCUAAAAGAUUCAGUUUUUCUUCAGUAUAUGUAGCCUCAGAGUUAUAUAUGUUAUCAGAUACUUCUAAGAAUUAUACAAAUACUAAGAAGUUUGUUGAAGAUCAAGUAGAAGGAGUCAAAUUGUUGGGAACUGGGUAUGAGAAUACUGAACAAUGGUUAUUUUUCAAUUCCAUAGGUUUGGCCAAUUUGAUCAAAUCCCAACUAUUAAGAGGUUAG